AUGAGAGCCGUACAGAGGUCAUCAUCGUCUUUGGCAGCGAUGAGUCCUUCACGAACUCGCUGUCUCAAGUGGCAAUGGAGUUCGAGACGAAGACCACCAUCUACUGGAAGCAGUGGUGUAAUAACCUCUGCUUGCCUGUGGAGUUCCAGCAGGUUCUUAUGCGAGCAGCCAUGA